UAAACAAUCCCACAACAAAAAAUCCACAUCCUCAACCACCGCCAAAGCUAACUUCGAAAGUUGUCAAAUUUCUACACUUCUACAUUGUGAAACAAGUCCACGCCAAAUCCCAUAGUCAUCAUCAUCAUCUUCUCCUUCUUCCUCUUUCAGAGCCCAAAAAAAUGGUUACUUUUCUCAAACCCAUCACCUUCCUCUGUUCCUUCCUCACCAUCACUCUCUUCUUCGUCCCGACCCACCAAAAAGUCACCAUCUCUCUCAACACCACCACCCUCCCCAAAUCCGGCGACGCCGUUCUGAUCCAAUGGUCAGGAAUCGCCGAUCCCUCCAGCCUCGAUUGGCUCGGCAUCUACUCUCCCUCGACCUCCUCCCACGCCGACUUUGUCGGCUACGUCUUCCUCAAAUCCUCUCCGGGUUGGGAAUCCGGGUCGGGUCGGGUAUCGGUUCCGCUAGUCAACCUCCGAUCCAACUACUCGUUUCGGAUCUUCCGAUGGACCGAGUCCGAGAUCAAUCCGAAGAAGCGGGACCACGAUCGGAGCCCUCUGCCCGGGACGAGGCACCUGCUGGCGGAGUCGCCGGAGCUCGGGUUUGGGCCGGGACGGGGCCCGGAGCAGAUCCAUUUGGCGUACACGGACCGGGAGGACGAGAUGCGGGUGAUGUUCGUGACGGGGGACGGCGGGGAGAGGCGCAUGAGGUACGGGGAGAGGAGGGACGCGCUGGGUGAGGUGGCGGUGGCGCGUGUGGGGAGGUACGAGAGGGAGGACAUGUGCGACGCGCCGGCUAAUGAGAGCGUUGGGUGGAGAGAUCCUGGAUUUAUACAUGAUGGGGUUAUGAGGAAUUUGAAGAAGGGAGUGAAGUAUUAUUAUCAGGUUGGGAGUGAUUCGAAAGGUUGGAGCGCAAUUCACAGCUUUAUGUCGCGGAAUGGGGACUCGGAUGAAACAAUAGCUUUUAUGUUUGGUGACAUGGGAGCUGCAACACCAUACACAACCUUUAUCCGCACGCAAGAGGAGAGCUUAUCCACCGUGAAGUGGAUCCUUCGCGACAUUGAAGCACUAGGUGACAAGCCCACUUUUGUCUCGCACAUUGGAGAUAUUAGCUAUGCAAGAGGCUAUGCAUGGAUAUGGGACCAAUUCUUCAACCAAAUUGAACCGAUUGCAUCCAGAGUUCCGUACCAUGUGUGCAUCGGUAAUCACGAGUAUGACUGGCCUCUACAACCUUGGAAACCUGAUUGGUCGUGGUCAAUAUACGGAAAAGAUGGGGGUGGUGAAUGUGGGGUGCCCUAUAGCCUUAGGUUCAACAUGCCUGGGAACUCUUCAGAACCAACUGGAACCCGAGCGCCUGCCACUAGGAACCUGUACUAUUCAUUUGAUAUGGGGUCAGUUCAUUUUGUAUAUUUAUCAACCGAGACCAAUUUUCUUCAAGGAAGCAAACAGUACGAGUUCAUCAAGCGCGAUUUGGAGUCUGUUAAUCAGAGCAAGACCCCUUUCGUGGUAGUCCAAGGGCACAGGCCAAUGUACACGACGAGCAAUGAAAUCAGAGAUGCUCCAAUCAGAGAGAAAAUGCUGAAGCAUUUGGAACCUUUGUUUGUGAAGAACAACGUGACACUUGCAUUGUGGGGUCAUGUUCAUAGGUAUGAGAGGUUUUGUCCAUUAAAUAACUUCACUUGUGGAAGCCAAGGCAGGAAUGGGUUAAACUGGAAGGGAUACCCCGUUCAUGUCGUGAUAGGCAUGGCGGGACAAGACUGGCAACCAAUUUGGAAACCCAGACCAGAUCACACAGAUGUCCCAAUCUUCCCGCAGCCUAAGCAGUCUAUGUACCGCGGAGGUGAAUUCGGGUACACAAGGUUGAUUGCCACAAAGGAAAAGCUAACCCUUUCUUAUGUUGGGAACCACGACGGAAAGGUGCAUGAUGUGGUGGAGGUUCUAGCAUCUGGAGAAGUCCUCAACAGUGGCAUUAGCAGAGAUAUUGUUGAUGGUGAUAUCAGCCAAUCCAAAACAAUGCAUGACCAUGGAGUUGAAUCCACAUUCUCUUUUUUUGUGAAGGGAGCUAGCAUUUUGGUGCUUGGGGCUUUUAUCGGCUAUGUUCUUGGUUUCAUUUCACAUGCAAGGAAAGGGGCUCUGCCCAGAAAUAACUGGACUCCUGUUAAGAGUGAGGAAACAUAAAUUGAUUUACAGGAUCCACAAAGUUUUGAUUUCCCUGGUAUUUCAAACCGCUUUUAAUUAGCACAAGCUCUGCAUUGUGUUAUGGGACUCUGCUGCUGGGUUCUGGGAUUUGAGUUAUAUCAUUUAUGACCAGGAUAGAAUUAGGAUAUACUUGUACGGGUGCACACAGAGCAUCAUCUCCGUAAAUAUUCGAUUUAUCUUUGCUUCUACGGCACGGUAUAUGGUGGGGAUUUUGCAGUGAAACAUGUGAAAUUUUUAUGUAUAUUGAUUUUGUAUUCAAAUAAUGGUGAGCUGUAUUGUAUCUCCUAUCUCCAAUAUUUAAUUUUACAAGGAAGUAUUUCUUUCA